UGCGCCUCCCGACUCAGUUUAUCAUCCCGAGGAUUCCUAGCGAUGGAGAAGCAGAUCAAAGUGGCGACUUCGCUACCGAAGCUCCAGGUCGAGGGCGUGGACUUCCCCUCCCUGGCCACGCCGCCCGGUUCCUCAAAGGUCUUCUUCCUAGCCGGCGCCGGCGAGAGGGGACUGGAGAUCGCCGGCACCUUCGUCACGUUCACCGCCAUCGGGAUCUACCUCGAGGAGGAGGCGGUGAAGGCGCUCGCCGCCCGGUGGACGGGAAGAUCCGCCGACGAGCUCGCCGCCUCCCUCGAUUUCUUCCGGGACAUCUUCGCCGGCGCGUUCGACAAGUUCACGAGGAUCACGAUGGUGAAGCCGCUCACCGGGCAGCAGUACUCGGACAAGGUGGCGGAGAACUGCCUCGCCCAGUGGCAAGCGGCCGGAACCCUAACCGACGCGGAGGCGGCGGCCGUCGGCAAGUUCAAGGAGGUGUUCCAGCCCGAGACUUUCCCUCCCGGCUCUUCCAUCCUCUUCACCCACGCUUCCUCCGGCUCUCUGGCUAUUGCGUUCGGCGAGGCGGAGCGCGGGGUGAUAGAGAACAAGGCUCUGAGCGAGGCGAUCUUGGAGUCGAUCAUCGGCGAGCACGGCGUGUCGCCGGCGGCUAAGAGGAGCCUGGCACUGCGGAUUUCGGAAGUUCUCAAGGAACCUCUCGGACCCGAGGAGACGAAGACCGUGAAUUCUGUCUCUGUUUGAGUCGCAGUGGAUUUCUUGCCGUCUUGUAUGCUCGUUCCGUUGGAAUAAGGGGGGCAAUAUCAGACACUUGUGCUUGCCGUCUCUAAUCUUAAAUUUCCUCAAUUCCCCAUUUAAAUCGGUUGUUAUUGCA